AUGCAUCUGUCCAAUGCCACAGAAUGUAUAAUACCAGAAGCGAACCCUAACAUCGACUAUGGACCCUGGAUGUCAUCUUUCCGCAUUGCAGCAGAGAUCGCCCUCCAUGUGUUGUCAGACAGUGGAUGUGGAGGGGAUGAAGCUGAAAUCUCUUUCCCAGCUGCUGGCUGCCAGAAACUCAUUGAAAUGGACAAUAAAUGCAAACUUUUCACCUUUUAUGGGAAGUGCAUGGCCCCAGAAGUUGCUGCCAAUGCUAUGGGUAAAGAGUGGAAAGGUUACAUGGCCUCAAUCAGUGGUGGCAAUGACAAACAAGGCUUCCUCAUGAAGCAGGGGGUUUUGAAUGGAAGUGUCUGCCUGCUGCUGAGUAAGGGACAUUCCUGCUACCGACCAAGGAGGACUGGAGAAAGAAAGCGUAAAUCUGUUCUGAGUUGCAUUUUGCAUGCCAAUCUCAGUGUUCUCAACUUGGUCAUUGUAAAAAAAAAAAAAAAAAAAAAAGAAGAGAAGGAAAUUCCUGGACUCAUUGAUACUACUGUGUCUCAUCACCUGGGACCCAAAAGAGCUAGGAGAAUCUGCAAACUUUUUGAUCUCUCUAGAGAAGAUGAUGUCCAGCAGUAUGUUGUGAGAAAGCCCCUAAACAAAAAUGGUAAGAAACCUAGAACCAAAGUCCCCAAGAUUCAACAUCUGGUUACUGCACGUGUCCUGCAACACAAACAUUGGGGUGUGGCUCUGAAGAAACAGUAUACUAACGAAAAUAAGGAAGAGGCUUCAGAAUAUGCUAAAGUUUUGGCCAAGAGAACGAAAGAGGUCAAAAUAACAUGCAAGGAAAAGAUUGCCAGGAGACAGAGGCUGUCCUCUCUGAAAGCUUCUGCCUUUAAGUCUGAGUCCAGUCAAAAAUGA